CGUUAUUUAAAGCAACAAAAGAGAGAUACGGACGAAUUGACAUCGUCUGUAACAAUGCUGGUAUGGGCGGAGAGUCAUACCCACAAUGGGAGAAAGUUGUCGACGUUAAUAUAAAAGGAAUGACGCGGGGCACGUUUAUAGCUGUUGAAUACCUUCGGAAAGACAAAGGAGGAAAUGGAGGCGUCAUCGUCAAUAUCUCCUCGGCUGCAGGUUUGUCAGUCAACCCGAUGUCACCUGUUUACACUGCUACUAAAUCAGCCAUCAUAGCACUCACCAGAUGUCUAGCGGUGAAUGAGGAGGUGCGGAAAUGUGGUAUACGUGUGAACACACUGUGUCCGUCUUUUGCUGACACAAACCUUGUGAAGCAAAUAGCUCCAUUUUCACUUCAUGACGACGCUCAGACGAAAUCAGAAGUAAAUGAGAAAGUCACUAGAUUCCUGAACGCACAUGGUAUUAUGACGACAGAGACGGUGGCGGAAAGUUUCAUGGAACUAGUUACAGAUGAAACAAAAAAUGGUGCCAUUCUUCGAGUGUCGAAAGGAAAAGGAAAUGAAUAUUGUAAGAUCGAUGUUGGUCAGGAGAUGGUUGACGGAUCUGUGUAGAAAUCGAUACCUUAUGCAUUGUGUUUAUUGCAAUCAUUUCAAUUAAUUUUCCUCUGAUAGAUGGAAUUAGCAAAUUCACCUUCGUCUCCAAUACGUAUCUAUUAUACACUAUACAAGUGAAUGAUAGUGUUAUUCAUUAAAAUAUUUUUAUUCAAUAAUAUUGUCGAGCGAGAUACGUUAUACUAGAGGAAACUACAAAAUGAGAAUAAAAACUGAAUAUCAUAACACGCAGGUGCUGAACAAUUGAUUUAUUUCAUUUUGUUCGUACCAUUAUUUGGUAUAUCUACUUUCUGGAACUUUUAUUAAGAUACACAUGAAAAGUGGUUGUGAUUAUCCGUUAUUUGACCAAUUCUAUUACAGACCAACACCUAAAGUUGAUAUAAAGGCAUGGCAAAAAUAGCGAUGCAGUGUUUGAAACACUGUAGUCUAUGAUUGCUUAAGAGAAUUGAUAUUGAAUAAGUCGUCUAUGAUAAAAUAUAUCAACGUAAAUGACAACUUCUAAGCCAAAGAUUAUAAAUAUUGUAAAAUACUAUCAACAUUACUUUAUAAUGUGACCUGACCUUUUGGUUGUGAAUUAGGGCUCAUAUUAAAAUCUACAGCUGAAUAUAUUUUUCUUUGGAAUGAUUAGUUGUUUUCAUUAAAAAUGUUGUGUAUAGUAUUUGAUGUUGUGAUCAUAUAAGCUGUGGUAUAUGUAUUAUUCAAGAUGGUAUAAAUUGUUUAUACAAUUUUUAUUUUACGUAAUACCUAGGUAUCUAAUUUAGAGCAGUUAUUUGUGCGUCCCUUCCAACUGAUAACGUCAGAUGUAUGAAAAUUAUCAUCAUCCUCUUCAUCUACAUAAGGCAGCUUGGACUAGGAGAGCCAUGUGGGAGAAAAAUAUCAUAUUGAUAUAAACGAUAACGGGAUAAACAUUUUUGACAUAUAAAUCAUUAUUCUUUGUAUUUGAAUUGAUAGUCGUAUUGACGAAACAGUGCUGCAUGCUAUAGUCAUUUUAUUUACCAAUACGGCUUCUAAAUUUCAUUACAAACCUACAUUCUGACAGUGUUGUCAAUACGAAUGAAAAAGUGCACUUACAUUUUGUAGUUGUCUCCCCUGGUAACUGAAGUUUAUGUACUGGAGAAUUAAAGGAUGUCAGUACUUUGAAAUGCAUCUUCUUUCUGAAAAACAAUCAAUAUUAUAUUUAUAGCAUACUAUACUCUAGAAUAUGCUUAGCGUUGUUUACAUUGCGUGUGUGCUUUAUUGAUGUGCUUGCAAUUAACCUAAACAUAUAUAUAGUUUAAUUAUGGAAUUAAAUGGACCAAAGAAUGAAAUCGUAAACUUUCCUUUUUAAAGCUUCAAUAUAAUGGUCGAUACUUAAAAUCAUCAAAUACUUGGCAUGAUUAUGAUAUUGUUUAUAUCUUCCAGACUGUUCAAAAAAAUUACAGUCAUCACUUUUAUUAUAGAAGCAAAAUUUACAUUGUGAUGUAUGCACACUGAUCUUUGAUCACUUUUCGAUACUUUACCAAAGUGUAUAUGUGAUAUCAGAACUAAUAUUGUAACGGUUAGCGAUAUAAUGUUACAUCAAAGAAAUUUUUAGAUAAGGUUUUUGGCAAUUUCGAGAGGUAUAUGUUUGUGCAUAAAGUAUGUAAAUAUAUGAGGAUAUUGUAGCAAUAUAUUUGUUUUUGCGUAACUUUAUCUGACACGGGUUAGAUCUAUCCAAACAAUUUUGAUUUAUUUACGUGUUUAAUAUGUUGUCCUGUAUAAUGUAUUAUUGUUCAGUGUAUUUUUAUGCAGUUGUUACGUCUGUGACAACACAUUUAUACAGAUUUUACAAAUACAAAUUUAAAAACGA